AUGCGGCUCUAUCCAGAACCGCGGCCAAGCCGGCGCGGCCGGCCGAGGAACGAUGUUCCGCGGUCGGCCAAAACCAAAUCCGUCCGUCUGAAGUCUCGGCCAAAGUUCGUUUCGUCCGGCCGAAUGCACAUCACGACCCGGGAAGCAAUGACUUGCGGUCGGCCACGCCACAAACCACUCAAUGCCAUGCCGCGCACGACCAUGCCACGCGAGCCGGGAAGCAAAGCCUUGUGGCCGCGCGACCUUACUAGCGUACCACGGCCGAUGGCGCCGUCCGAGCCGAGAAGCCAUGUCCCGCGUCCAGCCGAGAAGCAUCGACCAAUCCACCACCCGUCCGACCACACCGGCCGACCGAGAAAUCAUCCGGCCACGACCGUUCUGAUUACGACACGACCCGAUUGUCCGGCCGACCGUCCUGACCGACCGUCCGAACGCCGUGGUCGACCCGAAGCCGUUUUUGAAGCCCAAUCUGCACAAUUCAAGCCCAAAGCCGGCGCCGACUUAGCAAGAUUAGGGUUUUUCCAUAUCAAGGUUUUAACCAGGCAGUGCAGAUCUAAGGUCAAUAACGCAAUGCAGCAUCACGUCAGCACAGCAUCGCGACAGCAUCGCGACAGCAUCGGCAUCGCCGCCCACCAUAGGGCUGGAGAAAAAACUCUGAAAAAAGUCAAUCAAGGUUCAAAGAUGGGACUUCCACCUGAUGAUCCCAACACCGGACUCCAAAGCGAACUCGGCGCAGAUGGAAACCCUAUCGUCCAUCCCGUCGAAGUCGACGCGACCAACGGUCACCAACAAGCUUUAACGUCGCGACGAACAGCGACAAGACCAAAAGUGGCCAAGCUGCACCGCGACCUCAACGCAAUCAGCUCCAAAGUGCACGGCGCUACCAGCUCGACACCCGACUAUACAGAAAUCCUUGCCGAUACGCAAAAGAUUGGUGACAGCAAAACCGUCACCUCCAUCUCGUCGAUGGAAGAAGCAUCAAUUCCAUCUCGUCGUUGCCUUCAAAAUCGUUACCACCUUAAGAACGCACGACCCCAACCGGUUUCGUCGAAGCACGAUCCCGAGAAAACAAGUGUUGUCAAAGCGCGACCCCAACCAGUUUCGUCGAAGCACGAUCCUGAGAAAACAAGUGUUGCCAAAGCGCGACCCCAACCGGUUUCGUCGAAGCACGAUCCCGUGAAAACAAUUGUUGCCGAAGCGCGACCCCAACCGGUUUCAUCGAAGCACGAUCCCGAGAAAACAAGUGUUGCCAAAGCGCAAUUGAUGGCGGGUUUAGAUUGCCUCAAAUUUUCACAAUUUAUAAACCCAACUAAUGAGCUGCAAGUGCACAGCCGUGUUGUAGUCGGGGUCGAACACGAGGAGGAAGUGUUCUCACUUAACACCUUGUGA